GCCCAGAGGCCAUUGUGACACCGCGGGUGGGGUCAAUAAAGGGACGCAGAGCCCUGGAGUGCCCUCUUUUUGGAGAGCACCUCGCUCAGGAGGCAGCAGCUCCCUGAGAGCCUCUGAGGCAGAGGGCGAUGGAGAUGCUCAAGGAGAGGGCAAACCCCGACUCCCAACCUGACAAUGUCCUGUCCCAGUGGGAAGCCGAGGAAAUCCAAGAGCUGUCCCAAUGGGAAGAUGCGGACUGUGAGGAACUGUCCCCCUGGGGAUUUGAGAAAUACCAAGAAGCACUGCAAGGACAGAGAGAGGAAAGAGUCUAUGAGUUGUUCAACUGGGAAUUCGAGAGGUCCCAAGAAGUGUUGCAAUGGGGAGAUGAAAUGGUCCAAGAGCUGCGCCAAUGCAACAACCAAAGAAUCCAAGAGCUGUCCCAAUUGGAAGGGGAGACAGUGCAAGAAGUGUCCCCAGGGGGAGAUGUGGAAGUCCAAGAGCCGAGCCAGUGGGAAGGCAAGAGAGAUGAAGAGCUGUCCCAGGCAGAAGAUGACAGUGCCCAAUUGCUUUGGCAGUGGGAAGGCUGCGUGGAGCAAGAGGUGUCCGAAGGGGAAGUGAGAGCAGAGCCAGAGAUGUCUGCAGGGGAAGUCAGAGUGAGAGGAGACCCAGAGCUGUCCCAAGAGAGUGACAACACUGACCAAGAGCUGUGGGAGGAGAACUGGGAAGAUGUCAGCAUCCACACCAUCUGGGUCAACCCCAAGUACCCAGAGCUCCUGCAGAAGGCUCAGCCUGCGCCCCAGCGGUCAGCACAGGCAGCAGCUUCUCCUGGCUGCGCAGAGCAGGUGCCAGAGGCAGGGGCAGAGAGCCAGGUGCCCAGGAAACGUCCCUCCCGCUGCAGGCGGGUGCUGCGGGCUCUGCGCCGGCUGUUGCGGAUCCCCUGCCUGGCGGGACGGCCAGAGGAUUAGUGCCCACUGCCAGCAGCAGGCCGGGCCCCGGAGAUGAGAGCUGAGCUGGAGCCUGCACAGCUCCCU